CAUUUCCUAUAAAACUCCCAUUUUUGCUUUCACAUUUCAUUCCUUUCGAAUCAAAUACUUCUACUAAUCCUCUCUCUACCUACAACAACUUGAGAAUUCUUCAUCAGGUUUUUUCUUCUUCAAGUUUGCAACAAUGGAAGGUCGUGUUACAUACGAGAAUGAUGAUCUCAACCUUAAGGCAACUGAGCUCAGAUUGGGAUUACCAGGCACUGAUGAAACUGAUGAUCACGAACAAGCUAUUUCCACUGCUAGAAACAACAAGCGUCCAUCGCCAGACACCACCGAUGAUUGUGUUAACAAAAGCAGAUCCGAUGAAGCUGCCCCAGUUGCCAAAGCGCAAAUAGUGGGUUGGCCACCAAUCCGAUCCUACAGGAAGAACACUUUACAGCCAAAGAAGACCGAGGCUGAGGCUCCUGGGAUUUACGUGAAAGUAAGCAUGGAUGGAGCACCAUAUCUAAGAAAGAUUGACCUCAAGGUUUACAAGGGAUACCCAGAGCUGUUAAAGGCUUUAGAGAACAUGUUCAAGUUCACCAUAGGUCAGUACUCUGAGAGAGAAGGCUAUAAAGGUUCUGAAUAUGCACCUACCUACGAGGACAAAGAUGGUGACUGGAUGCUUGUUGGAGAUGUUCCAUGGGAUAUGUUCAUGACAUCAUGCAAAAGGUUGAGAAUAAUGAAAGGGUCAGAAGCAAGAGGUUUAGGUUGUGGAGUUUGAAAACCGCAGCUAGCUAUAAUAACAUCAAAACCAUAAGAGCAGGAGAUUUUUGAUCAAGGAUUUGUUUCUCAUGACAAGGAAGAAAUCUUUCAGCUUGGGUUGUCCAAGAUGAUUUUUGAUCGGGUUCUCGAUCUCCUUAUGGAUGUUUUCUCUGGAGUUGGACUGGGAAUUUAGAGGGUGAAAACAGGCAAAAUCAUAGGAAAGUUAACAGUUUUUUUCCUCAAGUUUGGCAGCAAGAUAUUUGGUGGUUGGUUCUAGCAUGUCUAUCGUCAUUUGUGUGGUUCUAAGGAGCCCAUCAAACCGAAACUCCAUUCAAGAACUGUUGCUCCAUGGGAUGCAACUGUAUGAAUUUUUUUUUUUUUUUCAGGAAAUGCUUGUCCAAGUUUGGGUUGUAUUAUAAAUACAGAAAUUUUUAUAGAGUUAUUAA